UCUAAACAGAGGCUAAUCAGCGGAACCGGAUUCAGUUUCUCGGCAUCGGUUGUACUAAUUGGUUCGUCUAUUUAAAGCAAAACGUGGAUCGCGGAUCGUCGCUGUACAGAACUGUAAAUUUUAAUAUACCGAAUAUUGUGCUCGCACCAUGGUAUAUGAAACAUCCUACAAUGCUGGGCUUAAGCCCUUUUCUCCCGAUCCUAAUCGCGGGAAAUGGGAAAAACCCACUGACUAUAUUUUCGCCUGCUUCGGACUGGCCCUGAAGCUGGAUGUACUAGGGGUCUCGUAUUGGUACUUCUUCGAUAUGGGCAUUUUUGGAAUGCUCCCCUACUUCCUCUAUAUGGUGAUCUAUUUGGUUCCGAUCAUGGUCAUUCACUCAUUCAUGGGACAAUUCUCCAGCAGUGGAUUCAUGUCCGCCUUUCGCCUGGCGCCUUUUUUUAAGGGAAUGGGAUAUGUGAGCGGUUUCCUGACCAUCUCCAUGCUCAUUUACUACAGCAUUUUUGCUGCUGUUCCGCUUUUCUUCAUGAUCAACUCUUUUCGGCCCACUUUACCUUGGAGUUGUGAAGGCUUAAAAUCUUGGUACAAUGAAUCCGCUGGACCACCGACUACAUGUAAUGUGACAAUGCUGAGGAAUGAAACUUAUGAGUACGAAAACGAAACACACGUUCAGCUAAAUAUGCUUCAUGUACCAUCAGUACUCUACUUUUAUCAACAUUUUAAAAAUAUUGAGGAGGAACAGUAUCCGGACCUAAGUGAGGACUAUGAGCUAUCCUGGCAUUUCGUGGGCCUUUUUGCUAUAGUUUGGGCUAUGAUUGCAUUUAUUUUUUAUACAUUUUCGGAGACUGCGAAGUUUGGAAAAUUAAUUCGUUUCAUGGUUAUUGGAACCAUUGUUCUUCUGCUGGUGUGCUUUGUGCGAUUUCUAUUCCUUCCAGGAGCCCAUUUGGGGGUAAAGAAGUACAUGACUCCGGAUGCAGCGAAAAUGGCCAUGGGAAGUACAUCGACAUUUAUCAUGGUUCUACAAGCGUUUGGAGCUGGCUGGGGUAGUAUAAUAGCCCUAUCCAGUUUUAAUGGGUUCAGGAACAACAUAAUGUCGUACAGUUGGAUUAUCUCUUUCGGACAGGUCUUCAUAUACAUUACGUUUGGCAUGGUUUCCUUUAUGCUGGAUCACUACUACAAUGAGAUCACUGAUGAAAACUUUAACACUAUUGUACUGAGUCAUUGGAUUUUAUUUUUGUCCAGCGCUACUGCCCUAUCCUCAUUGGGUUGGGCGAAUCUGUGGACUUUUAUUUACUAUACUAUGUUAUUAAUGGCGGCCCUUAUUGUGAUAUCGACGCAAAUAUUCACUGUCUUGCAAAGUUUGUUUGAUGAGUUUGAGGAACUUAGAGGGAGAAAGCAGCAGAUAACCUUUGGUCUAAUUGGUGGCCUUGCCGUCUUUUCGUUUUUCUUUUGCACAAAUCAUGGCAUUGUAUUCUUUUCCGCUUUGAGUCUUGAUGCCAUUUUUACACACAGUCUGCUGCACUUACUGCUUAUUUUCGUGGUUUUGUGGAUAUAUGGCCGAGUACGUUUCCAGCGGGAUAUUGAGUUCAUGUUGGGUCAGCCCUUCGUCGCCUGGAAGGUUUUUAUUCUCCGCUUCAUCGCUCCAAUUAUUUUAGUGAUUUGUCUGAUGGCAGGAAUAGGUAUUUCCUCAAUGGAGCACUCGUACUCCUCAGCAGUGGUCCUCGUGAUGGCCGUUUUCCUGGUGGCACUACCCAUUCUGGCAAUACCUGGCUACGGACUUUACUACCUUUCCCAGAGCACUGGCACUAUUGGCGAUCGCCUUAAGCGCACCUUACGACCCACCGAUUGGUAUCCGGUUGAGGUGGAGCACCGCCAGCAGUACGAGGUGGCCGUAGGAAACACUGAGAUGACCCACCAGCUUUUUGAGGUUACUGAGGAUGUGAACUAAGCAGUGAAACAUGUAAAAAUGUUCGAAGCAUUAAAAACAUAUGAUUACCUAUUUAAAUGAUUCAUUUUGAAAGAUAUAAUAAAAGUACGCUCUAAAUAA